CUCUUGGACCGUCCUGACAAAAGGUUCCAACAUUGAUGUGUCUGACUCCGUGAAUUCAUCGUCAGAUUCUUGCAGGCGGACACCAACAAUUCCCAACAAUUUUCAGCAACAUGCUGUGGGAGAAUCCCAGUGCAACUUCGCCCCCAUUGACCUCACCAGGCAAAUUGUUCGUCGCGAAAUCUACCCGACGUUGUCGGGUACGUACAGUGACGUUUGGCGAUCGACAUGGUACCGUGACAAGCGAAAACAUGAUGUUGCGGUCAAGUCACUGAAAAUUCCAUUUUUGAAUGAGAAUGACAAAAGUCAAAAUUGUCAGAGACUGAUGGGUAAAAUAUCAUCUUGGGCGCAAUUAUUGCACAAAAACGUCCUACCACUAUAUGGAAUUGCGCACGAUUUCGGACACUUUCCAUCACUGGUAACGCCCUGGGUGAACGAGGGGUCGUUGAAUGACUACAUCGCUAGCCAUCAUUUGUCAUUGCGGAGCAAGUUGGAUCUCGCCAAACAGGUAGUAGCUGGCCUCGGCUAUCUACAUGCUCAUUCUGUUGUGCACGGAGACCUCACUGGACUCAAUAUACUGGUGGACCGUCAGGGCAGAGCGCAAUUAUCCGACUUUGGAGUCAUGUCGUUACUCGCGGAAAUCCCGACUUUGGCCCAACCAUCUGGAGGUACUCGCUCAGCGGUGCGAUGGACUGACCCUCGGUUAUUCGAGAUGCGGGAAGGCGAAAUAAAUCCAUGCAUCCCAACAGAGCAGACUGAUAUCUACUCAUUCGGCAGUAUUCUCCUGCAGGUACGGUGCAUCAUCUCUUCAUAGCAUCUCCCACUUACCACACUUCGAGUCUAGUUACUCACAGGAUCAAUACCUUACCACGAUAUCAAGAAUAACAUUCAUGUCAUCGUAUUAUCUUCGAAAGGCGUAAAGCCCAGACGUCCUGAAGAAUCUUUCGUCACUAGUGCACAGUGGAAUUUUAUUCAACGAUGUUGGUCACCUCAUGGUGGACUUCACAGUCGUCCGACUAUCAAGGAAAUAGAAGAAUUUCUCGAGUCCGAGCUGCGGAUG